UUUGUCGCCCAAAACGAACCAAUGGGUGAGCGGGAUUUGCCCCCAAAACGGACCAAUGGACGGCCCCCAAAACGGACCUAUCCGCGCGCGAGAAUGGUUGGAGAUGGAGAUGGAAAUCAUACAGGUGAAGGGAAGAAGAAGAAGCCGUUUACCUGCAUGAUGUGCGCCAGGGACUUCAGUCGGUGGGACGACUGGCUGCGUCACCAGCAGACGCACCACCACCCCUCACCACCAUGCACACCACCAACCCCAGAAAAAAGGGUUCACCUGCCCAACCUGCGGGCGGGCGUUUUCCCGACGGGAGCAUUUGGUGCGCUGCCAGCGGGAGCAUGGAAAAAAACAACGAGCGUGUGUGCGAUUGCCUGUGGUAAAACUUUUUACCGAUUGUGGGACUGGCGUGUCCAUCAACGUGGGGAACAGGGCCAGGAGCCGCUUUCAUCGCUACAACAACAGCAGUCAGAAAAGCAGAAAUUGUAAGUGCAUCUCCUGAAGAGUAAGCCCAAACGCGGCGUCUUCAGAUAGCGUUCGGAUUUGUCACUGAUUCCUUACAGCCAUGGUCGAUCCCAGAAUCAAGCCUAUAGUAAUCAAGGCGGGUGUGGUCACCAGGUCAUCCAUGGUUGAUCACAUGAUCUGUUGGAAGCGUUCCACAGGUGGGUCGGGGUGGUCGGCAUAGCUGGCAUAGCAUGGAGCUGUUGGAGCUGCUCCACUCGACUUUACAAGCCGACGUUUUACUCCUUGUCGCGCUCAUUGGUCUGUCUUGGACGUCGCAGUGCGAAAGUUUGCCUGGAACAUGAUAAGCUGUUCUAGAAGACAAUGCAGAAGCUAGAACCACGCGAAAACAAAAUUUGUUUUUUCUAUUUUUGAAUAUUACACAGGACAAUGCCUGUUGUCAAAUCGAUGUCAGCGAUAGUAGAUUGGAUUCGGGUCAUUUUCAAUCACCCAGAUAGUUGGUAUAGCCGAACACUCACUGAAGUAUAAACACAUGCCAUAUUUCGUACUAUGAAUGGUUCAAUUUUCGAUACUUGAGACUCGCAGGUGAACUGCUUUUCGCAGUGGCACAGCGAGUGCUGCAUAACCGUAUGCCUCCAAGUUAUCAGCUUAUUUUUUCACCUAUAUGUUGCCUUACACGUUUCUGUGGUCAUAUUCUUUGGAUUUGGUGUCUUUUCUAUGUACAUUGGAAUAAAACAAUAAUUAUUGGACAUCAUAGAUGGCGCUGUAGGGCUCUUCUCACAUUUCGUACUAUGAACAGUUCAAUUUUCGAUACUUGAGACUCACGGGUGAACUGCUUUCGCAGUGGCACAGCGAGUGCUACAUAACCGUGCCCCUCCAAGUUAUCAGCUUAUUUUUUUACCUAUAUGUUGCCUUACACGUUUCUGCGGUCAUAUUCUCUGGAUUUGAUGCCUUUUCUAUGUAAAUUUGAAUAAAACAAUAAU